AUGCCUUGUAGAUUUCAGAGUAUCCCUACUUCGUCAUAUCAUAUGGCACCAAAAAAACAAACAAAAGCUCUUGCUACAAAAGCAUCAGCGACCACACGUGGUACAAAGGCGGCUAUUUCAAAAGCCAAAAAGCCUGCGUCAACCCGUGCAGCAGGUAAAAAACGUGCAGCACCACCGGCAACCAAAGCAAAAUCGACAAAGAAACGCAAACUCGAAGAAGAACCCGAAGAAGAAAAUGAAGAAGAUGAAGUAAGUAAUACGAAAGAUUCUUUUGUUAGAUUUUUUAUUAGGAAACGUGUUACGUUUUCUCAGGAAGAAGAAGCAGUAAAUGAUGAAGAAAUAUCGGGGAAAUCAGAGAUAAUUAAAAAGCUUCGUGCAGCUGAUCAAGAUAAGAAGAAAAAGUAUACACCAGAUAAACAUAUUAUCGGUGGUGCGUCAAACUAUCAGGUCUAUGAAGAUUACGAUGCUAUGUUAAAUCAGACAAAUAUUGGUCAUAAUAACAACAAAUUUUAUGUUAUUCAAGUUUUAAAACAGGGUCCAUCAUAUUAUGUUUGGAACAGAUGGGGGCGCGUUGGUGAAGUUGGUAGUAAUAAUGGUCUUAGUGGUCCAUAUAAUAGUCCUGAACCGGCAAUAAAAGAAUUCGAACAUAAAUUUAAAGAUAAAACAAAAAAUAAUUGGAAACAACGUGCUGAUUUUCAAGCGGUUGCAAAAAAAUAUACGUUAAUCGAAACAGCUGGUGAAGAAGGUGAAGAGGAAGAAGAGAAGAGUGUGGUUUCAACGAAAACGGUAACAGCUACAGAUGGCACAGUUUAUGCACCAUCAAAAUUAGAUACGGCAACACAAGCAUUGAUGAAACUUAUAUUUGAUACUGACAUGUUUAAAGAUGCCCUGAAAAAGUUUGAUAUAGAUUCUAAAAAUUCUUCUGGAGAGGUGGCUCGAGGACCUGUACAAACUGAUGUUAAAAAAAUGCCACUUGGCAAAUUAUCAAAAACACAAAUUGCGAAAGGUUUUGAAAUAUUAGAAGAGCUUGAAAAAGUCAUAGAAAGUAAAACAAAAGGCAAUCUGGAUGAUAUUUCAUCAAAAUUUUAUACAGCUAUUCCGCAUGAUUUUGGGCGUACGAGACCAAAACCUAUUAAUACUCGAGAAGCAUUACAACAAAAAUAUGAUAUGUUAGCGGUUUUGGCCGAUAUUGAAUUAGCUCAAACAUUGCAAACGGAAAAAUCUGAGACUGAUACGACUGAUGCAAAACCUCAUCCGUAUGAUGUUAACUAUGGUGCAUUAAGAUGUUCAUUGGAACUGGUUGAUAAGAAGUCGAACGAAUUCAAAAUAAUUGACGAAUAUACGAACAAUACACAAGGAUAUCGAAAAUGCAAAAUUGAGAAUGUCUGGCGUGUCGGACGAGAAUUUGAAGGUGCAAAUUUUGCUACUCAUGAGGCAAUUACUAAUCGAAAAUUAUUGUGGCAUGGAACUAAUGUUGCUGUUGUUGUGGCAAUUUUAAAAAGUGGAUUAAGAAUAAUGCCACAUUCUGGUGGAAGAGUUGGCAAAGGUAUCUAUUUUGCAUCUGAGAAUGGCAAAUCAGCUGGCUAUGUUGGUACAACAACCGAUGGAGGAACACAAACUGGUAUCAUGUUCUUGAACGAAGUUGCUUUGGGCAAAGAACAUCAUAUUACUAGCGAUAAUCCGAGUCUCAAAAAACCACCACCAGGUUACGAUUGUGUUAUUGCUAAAGGUCAAACUGAACCUGAUCCAACAAAGGAUACACCGUUGACAAUCGAAAAAAAACCGGUUAUUGUUCCAUGUGGAAAACCAGUUCAGACUACACAUACAUCAUCGAGUUUCAGUCAAAGUGAAUAUUUAAUUUAUAGAGAAGAUCAAUGUCGUAUUCGAUAUCUAUUAAAAUUAAAAUUUUAA